AUGGAAUACAAGCAUUUUGGCCACCAACAUAACUUGAGAAUUUACCAAUUGCAGCCAGGAGAUCAUGAAUACCGUUGCUCAGGCUGCGACUCAUUUUGUUCAGGAUCUGCAUAUGGCUGUUUGGGCUGCAAGUUUUUCCUCCAUGAACAAUGUGGCAAUGCAGGUCGUUCCUUGCAACAUCCUUCGCACCCCUUUCACCAUCUUACGCUCGUCCCAUACACCACCCACUUGGCUGGCACCUUCGCCUGUAAUGCGUGUGGUGACACUGGAAAUGCCUUUUCCUAUUGUUGUCCUUUAUGUGACGUUGAUCUCCAUGUCCCAUGUGCUUUCUUACCUCAAAUUAUAAAACACGAAUCUCAUUUGCAUAGUCUUAGCCUCACUUAUUCUCUCCCUUUCCCUAAUGUUUCCUCCCGUUUCUGUGAUAUCUGUCACAAAUUGUUGGAUUGCAAGUAUUGGUCCUACAACUGUUUUGCUUGUAAUUUUGCUGCGCAUGCUCUUUGUGCUGCAAAGGAGAUGAGACGUGAAACAUGUCAUGGAGAACAUGUCUCUAGCAGUGGAACCACAGCACCACAAUCCAAUGAAAUUCAUCUUAAGGAAGAUGCUGCGUCUGGGACCACUCAGGAUCAACCAGAACCAGCAGAAAUACAAGAUCCAACUCUCCAGGCUAUGUGUGAGUUAGAAAGACUGAAGCUGCAGAUGCAAAUGACUAAUGAAUUAGCAAAGAUGAUGGCAUCAUUCAAUCUUAGUUCUUUGAUUUGA